AUGGUACCCAUGGUUGCCGAGCGGCGCUCGCUGGCCGGCUGCCUCUCCGAGAUCUUCCGCGGGGAGCUGCAUCUCAUCUCCUUCGAUAAUGUCGCAUCAUCACUUCCACGUGAGCGAGGUGCUGUUGCCGUGGCGAUCCGGCCGCUGCUGCAGCGACUGCGGGAGGCGGAGGCCGCGGAGCUUCCAGAUGCCUGGGCCACCCUUGAUGCCGCGGUGCUAGCACUUUCAGACCUUACUGCCUGGGAAGACUGGGGUGGCGAGGUUUUAUCUGACACGUUGCGAGCAGCAGCAGCACAAGUUCUCUCAGCUCGCGAUGAUGUCUUGGAAGUUGUGGUGAAUACUCACCUGUCUCGACUGGCUCGCUUCCGCACCGACCCAGACGCCUGUCCCAUUGGCCAGCAGCAGUUGACCUGGCAGAUGCUACAGAGAUGUGCACUGACUGCGCGCUUCCAUGAUUUCCAGCAAAAUUCCCUUGCGGCAUAUCAUCGAAGCUGCACCGACACGUUGCGUGGUUUGGCGUGUGGAGCUCCGGCCAAAGUGUGGGUGUCCAGGCUUUCUUGGUGUGUGGAGGUUGAAGCAGCCAUUGACCAGUGCUGCCCGCAAAACUCGAAGCUAGCCUCCUCUUGUGCAACAACUUGGCUGAAGUGCAGCCUUCCGUUGCUGCCUUGGAUCCUGGCAGCGUUGAUUUCGCCAAGGGAAGACAGCGCUGAGGCUCUGCCAGAACUGGAGAGCAUGCAGAGGUUGCGCAGAGCAGCGGAGGUCUCGGAGGAUGCCGAGGCUCUGGCAUGGCUGCAAGAAGCUUUGGUGAAAGCCUGCGCACUGCUCUGUGCUGCCUCAGAGACAGUGUCUUCUCUCACCUCGCUGAUGCUCUUCGCGCACGAGGCGGCAAAGGUCUUGCUGCCGGAGGUGACGGCCGGAGCUCUCGCUGCUGCACUUGCUGUGGCUCUUGCCCCUUCACUGAAAGACAAAGUGCCACCUGAACCGCCGCCCUGGGAAACCGUUCUUGGGAUGUCAUCCAAUGCUUUGCAUCUUUCACUUCCCGCGCGCUCAUCCACUGCAGACCUCGCAGAUAUUGCUGAGUCCAUCGCAAGGGCAGUGCAUGGGGAGGUGAUUCAGGCGUUCUUUCCAGGCACUGAAAAAGAAGGCCUCGCUGAAGGCUGGCCUGGAAAGAUCGGGCCUCUUCUGCUGGUGUUCCGGCUCUUGCCGGAUGCAGGUGGAGCUCCACUAGUGUGGCAAGCGCGGCUGAUGGCACUUCGUGCCCUCAGAGGCUUCUGUCUUCAAGAUGCUGAGGUUGGGCUGCCAGAAUUGAAGUUGGGUCCUGACUUUACGUUUGCUUGUCACCAAGAGGUUCUCCUGGAGCAGCGCUUGCUGGAGUUCUUCCGGCAUGAAUGCGGCCAUGGGCAUGCCAUUUUGCGACAUGUUGCAGAGAUCGUGCGAGAAAGCAGCUCAAACCAGAGCGACAUCCAGGAUUUUCGGGCAUCUACAGUCAGCACAGUGGCUGUCUCUAGCUUGGGCUUUACCGUGAUCUCUGAGCUCUUGCCAUCGCUGUCUUCAUCCCCCCCGCACUUCUUCGCUGCGUCCGUUCCCAUUCUCAACCUGCGAUCGCAAUGGGCAGAGAAGUACCUAGCCAAGUUUCCUCAUAGGAAGCUGUCCUGGUGUUCCUGGGGUGCAGCGCGAAUCCUUUGGAGGCACUCAUUUGGGCAAACCAUGCUGACCACGACGGAGCUUCAAGCACACCUCCUGCUUGCGGUGGACGGCACAGGCCAACAAGGCCGAGGGGUCCAGCGUCGGGACUUCGAAGAGGCGGCGCUCGCCUGGUCAGACGCGAAGCUAGAGCCCUGGCUUCAAGUGCUCUCGCAGCUCACAGAGCUCAGGGAGGGACCCCUCGAGGAGGUGGAGGGCUGGAUUCGGGCGAGGUGUGGCUGCGAACUGGCGCAGUUGGACCUCACAAGUGUCCCAACCUUCUCCCCUGAUGGGCCAAAGCAGGAGUCAUCAAGUCCUUCCCGCGAUGCCAGGGCGCCGAUCAUCGAUGCAGCACUGGUUCGGCGCUUUCAUGUCCUUACCGCGGAUGAAGUCCUGGUGAAGCUGGCAGCAUAUCCUGAUAGCUUGGCCUUGCCUCUUCCUGAGAUGUCAUGCAGUAUCAUGGAAAACAAGAGGGGCAGUCUGGGAACUCUGUAG